UGCAAGCACAUACUCCCAGAAUUAGCAUGUAAAUGUGAUUCUUCACCCCCAAAUUUAACCCCGAAUCUACGUAACUUUGUCUGUCAAUCACAACCGAAAACCAAAUGAACGUAUGAUAUUGUGAGCCAUCUCUUCACCCCAACUUAAACCCUGUUUGCAGGAUUGGUGGCUGUGGUGGCAGUGGCCGUCAGUCUCCAGCUUCCACAAGACAUGGAAGCUGGUGGGAACCCAAAUCUGCGAAAGGUAAUGGUGGUUGCAGACCCUACCAGAGAGUCAGCCGGUGCACUUCAAUAUGCACUUUCCCAUGUUUUGGCUGAGCAGGAUGAGCUAAUUUUGCUCCAUGUUGAGCAUAAUUUUUCCUGGAAAAAACGUUUUGCAACUCUUCUCAGAAAACCAACCUCUUCUUCUAGCAAUCAAACGCCUUCUGCCUUGUUCUCCUCCUCUUACGGAGGAGGUUCAGCAGCAGCCGGAAAGGUGGAUUUUCUUGAUCAAAUGAAGCAUGUAUCUGAGGUUGCUCAACCCAAUUUGCAGGUUCGUGUUUUGAGGGUGCAAAUGGAUGCAAAGAAUAAGGCUGCUGUUAUUCUUUCGCUCUCAGAUAUGCUUGGAAUCGAUAUUCUUGUUAUAGGUCAGAGACGAAGUCUCUCCAGUGCCAUCUUAAAUUUUGCAGAGAGCAUAGAAAUGAAGCGUUGUCAUUUUUGCAACUUCCCUUACAGAUGUAAGCGGGCAGGAGGAGGGGCAAGGGGAAUGGACACAGCAGAGUGUUUAAUAGAGAACAGUAAAUGCAUUUGUGUUGGAGUUCAGAGAAAAGGCCAAAAUGGAGGCUAUCUUCUAAACACCAAAACCCAUAAAAACUUCUGGCUCUUGGCAUAGCCAUUAAUCACUACACAUAAUCUACGAAUCAUGUCUUCUGUAAUGAGUUUGCUUUCUGUGGUUCAUGAUUUUUUAUUGAAAAUAUAAAUAUUAUAA